AUGAGUAAGCACAUGAAUGUUUCCUUCUUUCAUGAAGAUGAAAUUAUUAAUGAUGAGGAAAUACCUUCAAAUUCCGUAUCAUCAACAUCAUUCGUUGCUCCAUCAUCGACACCCAUCAAGAAGAAAAAUUCCUACAAGAAUAAUCCAAAUCACCCUCUGAGUAAUUUAACGCUCACACCAACAAAACCCUCUCCUACAGUGGGGAAAAUACUAGCCAAUAACAGUGCUAAAAAACAAACACCUUUUAAUAAUGAAAAUAAUAAUACCAUCCUAAGCGAAUUUCCAUACCUACAAUUAAAUAAUACAAUGAUUCAAAAUAAUGAUAAGGUUGAAUAUAAUUUUGAAAAUGUAUUUUUGAAUUAUAAUAAUAUUAUUAUACCAAAGAACAAGCUGAGUGGUGAUGCAUCUUCAUUGAUUAUGAAUGAAGCUUACACUCCGAUUUCACCUUCACAUUUAAAAAAGACAAAACAAGGUGGGGAAUUAACAGUUGGUGAAAUUGAAGGAGAAUUAAUACACAUUCAAUCAUUGAAUGAUUCACUGAUAUCCUUCUAUUGUAAUAGAGGAGGUGUCAUUUAUCCAAACAUUAUGAUACCUCACAAUCACAAUAAUAACAAGUACAAUGGUAUUAUCAAGAAUGACACUAAUUACAAAUCAGUUUAUGACACUGUUUGUGAAUAUAUUCAAACUGUCACUAAUUACAUUCCGACCUAUUUAUUCAAUUCUACAUAUUACUACUCCAAUGGAGAUUCAAAUACAUCAUCCGAUAUAAGUCAAAAAGGCGUUAAGUGUCACGAUUGGCAUCCUUAUCUUAUGAAAAUUGCUGUAACAUUUGAAGAUGACUCAAUUUAUUUUUACAAUGUUAUUAAUGAGGAAUGGUCAUGCCAAGUUUUGACACAUGAAUUCCAAUAUCGUGUUAAUACUAUCAAAUGGAAACCAAUUGUUCAAACAUCUUCGAAUAAGGAUCCUAAUACUUAUACUGAGUCUAUUCUAGCUGUUGGAUGUGAAAAAGGAAUAAUAAUAUGGGAUGUCAAUAGGAGAAUGAACUUAACUAGGCGUGGAGUGUGUAUUUUUAUUAAAACACCAACUAGUGUGGAUCAAUUAACGUGGAGUCCAGAUGGUGAAAUGCUUGUUAGUUCUAGUAAGCAUGAUGAUACUAUCAGAAUUUACAAGUUCAUUAAUAACGAUUGGACUCUCUUUGAUACCAUAACAAGAUUGAAUGGAGGUGUUAGAAAAUGCGUAUUUUUGAAUGAUGAACAUUUACUUGUCAGUCAUCAAAGUAACGUAUUCAGGAUUUAUAAUACAUACACUUGGAACAAUCAAAAGUGGUCUUCAUUCAAUAAGCCUAUCCAAUCUAUUUGUUACAAUUCAAAAUACUUGUUCUUGACUGAACAAGAUUCGGAUUGCAUUCAUGUAUUGAAGAAUAAUGGCUUAUUUAAAAAGGUCGAUAGCGCUGUCAAUUACACUUACCAUUCCAAAGUACCGCUCUCACAAUAUACCAACAAUAAUGUUGUUUGUUGUGGUACUAUCAAUCAAAUUGUGUUAAAUCACAAUCGCUUAAUUGUUUCAUUCAAGGAUUCACAUUUACUCGCUGUAUUGCAAGUUAAUUUCCAUCCUCAUUUUACUUGUACUCCAUUGGGUUUCAUUAGAGGUCCAUCUCAACACUUAUUAAAGGAUGUAAACCCUUUGCAGGCAGUGAAUGAACACUACAAUGAAAGCCUCAUUAGCCCAGAUGCCACCUCAGUUGAUAGUAACACUAGUGGAAGCAGCACUAAUAUUUUUGGACAAGCUCUUGAUGAGAAUAUUUCGAAUUCAUACGACUUGCAAUUUUGGAACAAUUUUACAAAGGGAAGUUUAUUGUCUGUAGUCUGGAAGGGCAUUGACAAGGACAAGCUCAGCAUUUAUCCAUUCUAUUAUUCAACAAGUGAUGACUAUGGAAAACCAAUUAGCAUAGAUAAUAAGGAAUGGAACGUCUUGUUCGAUGAAAAUAACCACUUUUACAGAAAUAGAUUGAACAAGAACUAUGAAAGACUUUAUGAAAAUAAUGGAGAGGAUCAAUCUUCAGUAAUGUCAGAUGACAGAGACCUGGAUCAUUCCAACAUAUUCCAGUAA